AAAACACGGCGUGGAUUCAAUGACAAAUGAAAAAACUUAACUCCGGAUUUAGUUAAGUUUCCAUUUUGUACAAAAUUCACUUUGAGACCGGGAUGUUAUCAUGGAUACGUAUAUUUCAGGCUAUAAAGUUAUGACUGCCUGCUUCUGUUGCUCAUAUCGAUCAUUGCCUGGCGUAAUUCAUGCAGGGUGUUGAUAAAACGCGGAACGGAAAAUGGAACGGAAUGGAAUACAGAAAAUGGUAUUUACUUUAUACAUGUAGAUGUAAAAACGAUAUACUUUAUGAAAUUUUUAAUAUUGAUAAAACUAGUACUGAUAUCCAUAUUCAAGUUUAUUUUUGAAAAAGUAAGGAUCACUAAAUAUUUAAUGUGGAUUGGAGUACAUCAUGUUUUAUUUUUUAAAAUAUUAAAAUCCCAAGCAAGUUUCGAAGAUGAAAAACACAUCCAAACGCUUCAACUAACUGCCCUACACUAUUAUUCCAACAAUACUACAAAAGGAAAAUAAUUUAAAAGUUAUUUUAAUAGCUUAUCUAAUUACAUUAUCUGUACAUUUCAUUUUUCAGCUUCGUACUUUAUUAAGCAAAUUGAAUACAGUGAUUUAUUUAAUAGACAUUCGUAAGAAUAAUACAAAAAACAAUUAAGCGACCUUUUGAUAAUAAUCAUUCAUAAAAUAUUGAUAAAUGUUACGAAGUAACUAGUUUGAGUCCAUACAAUAUUUACCCUAAACAUAGUAUUUUUCCGUUCUGCUUUCCGUUUCGUUUUCUGUUCCGCGUUUUAGCAACACCCAUUUAUGCUGCAAAAUGAAAGUAAAAGUAAAUUAUGUUUACCACAUUUCUAAAGAACCGGAUGUGCAUGACAAGGAAGAAUAUUUAUCGUUGAAGAAUGCUUAUUUUAGCAAUGUGCAGGUUGAGAUGAUUUUCAUAAGAGGUCGCCAGAUUCAUUUUUGCAAAUUUCACGAUGUCCAGCUCAGAGGGUGUGGUGGUCAAGCUAUGUAAGUACUGUCCCAAUCCACUGAGAUUGUAUUGCACAAUUUGUGACAGUGGGCUAUGUUCCUCGUGUUUGGCGAGGCAUCUUGGAACUGAAACUGACAGAGGACAUUAUGUUUGUUUCUACCGAGAUAGGAUGUCAUCUAAAUCAAUCGGGAAAUACUGCAGGAAACAUGCUGCAAACAUCUGCGACUAUUUCUGCAUUUCCUGUUUCAAGAAAGUUUGUUUUGAGUGCUUAAAUGAUGAAUUACGUCAUACGACAAUGAGCAUUCAAGCUCUAAUGGGACAGAAUCUUAAGCAAGUACAGGAUGAUAUGCAAAUUUUAUUGAGAGAUUUAACACCUAAAUAUGAUGCGAUAAUAGAAGCAAUUGAUUCAAUAAUUGAAGCACAAACCGGGAAAAUCAAUAUGGUGCCAUAUAUUUUAGCGCGUUCCUUAAAUGUUCAAUCUCAUUCUCGUUUAUUUUUCUAUGAAUGCCGUAAAUCCCCAAACCCUAUUUUGGAUGAAAUAGAAGAUUAUUUAAGAAGAGUUGGUUCUAUGAUACCUCCUGAGUUAAUAUUUAUUUCGUUUCGGGUCGCUUUACGAAAACAUAUCAUCGAUAGAAUGCUUGAAAAACUUGCAAAACGUCUAAUGAACCACAGAUUUUUACAAAAGUCGCGCCUUCGUAGUAAACGUUGUCUAAUCUUGACAAAACUGAGCGAUUCAGAUUUUUUUGAAGAAGUAAAGAGUGUACUUAGUGCCACCUAUAGGGCAAAGAACGCCAAACAUCACCCUAAACGUCUCCCUCCGCCAAAACCGGGAACGGUUAGUCGACUUGAUAGAUCAGAAAAAGAAGAGGCGAUAGAUGAUGUGUAUAAUAACAGCUCGCAUUUUGUCGUUGGUAAUAACGGCCCCGUCCUUGUAAUUACGGUGCUAGCUUUUGCACAUGGUGGUAAUUCACGAAUGCAUGGCAUCGUGUUUCAAAAUGCUCAUGGUGAAGUUGUCUUUGAUGCCGUAACUGAAACAAUAACACAGAGAGGAUCCCUACACUGUGUGGUAGCUUCCACGUCAGAUAGAAGGCAUCUCCUUGCAGCAUCGGAUGUGCUAAUGGAGAUAAAUCUGAUGGAAAAAUCCAUAAAAACAAUCCGAAAGCAGGAUAAAUGGAAAUACGUUGACAUGACUUGCACGUUUUCGGGAUUUCUGCUUGUCAUUGAAGAAGGCAAACAGUUACAGUCACAUCAGCAAGACUACCGUGUAACGAGAUGCGAUUUGAAUGGUAACAUUCUACAAGAGAUUGACUUUGUUACCGAGUCCCUUUAUUAUCCGUUUAAAAUCCAGGAGCGAAUAAAUGGGGAUAUGUCAGUGCUGGACAAAAGUAAUGGAAAUGUUCUUGUUCUGAACGCAUCAGGGCGAGAAGAGCAAAGUUACUGCGCACAUUACGCGGAAAACGCGCCGGAGUUUUUGCCAAAUCUCAUACUUUGCGACAAAUUCGGUAACACUAUUAUUUACGAUAAACAAAGAUCGAUGAUUCAAAUCACUGGCAAAGAUUUCGGGAACGUUUGCAAGAUACAACUGAAGAAGAGUUCGCUGCUUGGUUUUUGUAUCGAUAUUGAUGACAGAUUAGUUUGUUUGUGUCGGUGUAAAGAUAGUGGGUUUGAAAUCCAGAUUUACAACUAUAUGAAUAUGUAAGAAUUGAUGAUAUGCUAAAAUAGGAUGCAAAAUAAAAUGAUUUGUUUAAAG